GUCGCACAGUCACCAUUCCGGCACCUCGUCCCACGCGCUCAUAGGUGUUCCAUCCCCAGACGGGUUAUUUUCGCAUAAUCUUUGUCAGCCCGCCGUCGUGAUCGAGUGCUGUGACGAGAGAGCGAGGGAGCCAGCCUUGUAUUGCGAGAGCUUUUGGGUGUGUGUUCCGUUGUGGUUGUAGUUUGAUGUCAGGCCUUAAGCAGCGAACCAGCGCAAACGCCAAGGCGAUGAGCCCAGGCGAUGGUGCUUCUAACGGGGGGGAGCUAGCCGCCGCGCCCCGGAAGGGUCUGCCAAUGGAGGUUAAGCUAGUAAUUUGCGUGCUUGGCAUCUACUCGUGCUACAUGUUGUCGGGGCUCCUGCAGGAAAACAUUUUCCGAUACAGAUCCGAGGAUGGCGGCAGGUUUUCGUCGACGCUGUUCCUGCUGUGGGUCCAGUGCGUGGUAAACGUCGCUUUCUCCUUCGUGGCCAUGUUCGUCAACGGCAGGUCUGGGGACAAGAUGCCGCACCACCUUUUCGGCACGGCCGGGUUCGCGUACAUCGGUGCCAUGGUGUGCUCGAUCGAGGCCCUCAAGUACGUCAACUUCCCGACCAAGGAACUGGGCAAGUCUUGCAAGAUGAUCCCGGUGAUGUUGUUCGGAGUGCUGUUCGCCAAGAAGCAGUACAGCUUGCAGGAGUACCUGUGCGUGGCCCUGAUCACGGUUGGCAUCGUCACCUUUAACCUCUCCGGGAAGCCGCACAACAAGGAGGACAAGGAGAACAGCACGUACGGGCUUGGCCUCUUGGCCUUCAGCCUUAUCCUCGACGGCGUCACGGGUAGCGCUCAGGAGCGAUUGAAGGCCGCGUGCAAGCCCACGGUGCACGAAAUGAUGUUCUUCAUGAACGCGUGGGCCCUGGCCAUCUUGUCGGCCGCGGCGUACCUGUCGGGUCAGGCGGUGGAGGGAUACGCGUUCUGCUCGGCCAACCCUUCCGUCAUGAGCUACGUGCUGGGCUUCUCCCUUGCCGCGGCCUUCGGGCAGAACUUCAUCUACUACACCAUCAGCAACUUCAACCCGCUGGUGUGCACGACGAUCACCACCACGCGGAAGUUCUUCACGAUCGUCUGCUCCGUUAUCAUCUUCGGACACGCGAUCGGCCCCAAGCAAUGGGGCGGAGUGGCGAUGGUGUUCACCGGGAUCGGCUACGAGAUGAGGGGAAAGUAUCAGCGGCACCACGCCAAGAACUUGAAGGCUUAA